GCCAGCUGCUCUUCAGCCGUGCGGCCCGGGCGGGGUUCCCCGUGCCCUUUUCAAACCCGCUCGCUGUCCCUCUGCGCCCUCCCUCCCGCGGCGCUCCCCGGCUUGCCCGCAACUCCCGGGUCCGGCCCUUUUAGGGGAGGGUGGAGAGUCCCGGGCUCCGGGUCUCGCGUGUGUCCGAGCAGCCUCGGCGCGCUGGCCCGGGACGAGCGCGGCGUGGGGACCCGGGCUGGGAGGGGCCGGGGCGGCGCGCGGGGGCUGCAGGAAGCGGAGGCGGCAGUCGCUGGGGGACCGGCUUGGCGGGGUUGGAGACACCCGGAAACGGAUUCCGCUUCGGUGCCGGCGCGAGCCGGGUGUCUCGGAGGCAGCGAGAGGGGCGGGCGGGCGGCUGCUGAGUAAUCCCCGCGGUGGCGGGCGGCGGCGGCCGGGCGCCCACGUCCCCAGCCGCGCUGCAGCCGGGCCGCGGCUCCUCCCUCCGCGUCCCUCCCUCCCCUUCCCGCCGCCCCGCUCCGCUCGGCUCCGGGCAGGUUGAGCCGGGCUCCGGGCGCGCACGGGGCCGCAGCAGCUGCCUCCCGACCUCGCCUCCGUCCAGCGCAGGGCCUCGCGCGCCCAUGGCCGGCUCAGAGCAGCAGCGACCGCGGCGCCGGGACGACAGAGACUCGCACGCCGCGGAGGCGGCGGCGGCGGCGCCCCUGCAGGACGCGGAGCUGGCCCUGGCCGGCAUCAACAUGCUGCUCAACAAUGGCUUUAGGGAGUCGGACCAGCUUUUCAAACAAUACAGAAAUCAUAGCCCUUUAAUGAGUUUUGGAGCCAGCUUUGUCAGUUUUUUGAAUGCCAUGAUGACAUUUGAAGAAGAAAAAAUGCAGUUGGCAUGUGAUGACUUAAAAACUACAGAAAAGCUGUGUGAAAGCGAAGAGGCUGGAGUCAUUGAAACAAUCAAGAAUAAAAUUAAGAAGAACGUUGAUGUCCGAAAAUCCACCCCCUCUGUGGUUGACCGGCUUCAGAGGCAGAUAAUCAUAGCUGACUGUCAGGUUUACCUGGCGGUGCUUUCGUUUGUAAAACAGGAAUUGUCAGCCUAUAUAAAAGGUGGGUGGAUCCUUAGGAAGGCCUGGAAGAUUUACAAUAAAUGCUAUCUGGACAUCAAUGCCCUUCAGGAGCUACAUCAGAAGAAGCUAACUGAAGAGUCCUUGGCUUCUGAUGCUGCAAAUGAUAAUCACAUUGUGGCUGAAGGGGUGUCUGAGGAAUCUCUAAACAGACUGAAAGGUGCUGUUAGCUUUGGAUAUGGCCUUUUUCACCUUUGCAUAUCCAUGGUGCCCCCAAACCUGCUCAAAAUCAUCAACCUGCUGGGUUUUCCUGGAGACCGCCUACAGGGGCUUUCUUCACUGAUGUAUGCAAGCGAAAGUAAGGACAUGAAGGCCCCUUUAGCUACGUUAGCACUGCUCUGGUACCAUACCGUGGUCCGCCCGUUUUUUGCCUUGGAUGGCAGUGAUAACAAAGCAGGCCUGGAUGAAGCUAAGGAAAUUCUCCUCAAAAAAGAAGCUGCUUACCCCAAUUCUUCCCUCUUUAUGUUUUUCAAGGGACGGAUACAACGAUUAGAGUGUCAAAUCAACAGUGCCUUGACUUCUUUCCACACUGCUUUGGAACUUGCAGUCGAUCAGAGAGAAAUUCAACAUGUGUGUCUGUAUGAAAUUGGUUGGUGCAGCAUGAUAGAGCUCAAUUUCAAGGAUGCAUUCGACUCCUUUGAGAGGCUAAAAAACGAGUCCAGGUGGUCCCAGUGCUAUUACGCCUACCUGACUGCAGUGUGUCAGGGAGCCACAGGCGACGUGGAUGGGGCACAGAUUGUCUUUAAAGAAGUUCAGAAACUCUUCAAAAGGAAAAACAAUCAGAUUGAACAGUUCUCGGUGAAAAAGGCAGAGAGAUUUCGGAAACAAACCCCAACCAAAGCACUCUGUGCAUUGGCAUCCAUCGAAGUGUUGUACUUGUGGAAAGCUCUUCCAAACUGUUCCUUCCCCAACCUACAGAGGAUGAGUCAAGCUUGCCAUGAAGUGGAUGAUUCAUCUGUUGUUGGAUUAAAGUAUUUGCUUCUUGGUGCCAUACACAAAUGUCUAGGCAACUCAGAAGAUGCUAUUCAGUUCUUUCAGCGAGCUGUUAAAGAUGAAAUGUGUCGUCAGAAUAACUUAUACGUUCAGCCGUAUGCCUGCUAUGAACUUGGCUGUCUUCUACUAGAUAAACCGGAGACUAUAGGAAGAGGCAGAGCUCUUCUUCUUCAAGCAAAGGAGGAUUUCUCUGGCUACGACUUUGAAAACAGAUUGCAUGUCCGCAUCCAUGCUGCUCUGGCCUCUCUGAGGGAACUGGUUCCUCAGUGACAGACCCGGCGUGCCAGCUCUGUCCCUCCCCACUCAGGGUCUGCACUUUAAAAUAAAAGCAGAGGACAAAGCUCUUGCGAAGAUCGGCUUUUCUUCUGAAAACCACCUGUGCCAGGGACACAUUUUCCCAGUUAAGCUGACAUAUUAAAGAUCUCUUUUAAACAUAUAGUUAAAAGGUAAUAAUGGUGAUGAUGAUGAUGAUAAUAACUAACCACCUGGGGAGUGGGUUAAGUGACCUUGUUCAAACAUUUUAGUUUUGUGAUUUAUUAUUUUUAAAAUAAAAUCGAACUAAAUAUUCAACCUAUGGUCUUGUAGGAACGCCUACCUUAAACACAUAUCUGAAUGGGUAACAUUACGAGGUAGUAAUUGUAAAAUUAUUAACAGUAUCAUGACAUAGCAUUUAUAUUGUGUUUUGAAAAAAUAAAAGUGCUUUCUAGUGUUUUA